AUGGGGAGAUGGAGAGAGGCUGGUAUUCUAUUCUCGGCCCUGCUAAUAUGGACUGCGGCAUCUAGCGAUGUGCUUGUCGCCAUACGUCAAGGACAAAUACGAGGGCGCUCUGGUACAAUACUCGGACACCCUAUUAACAUAUUUCUCGGAAUACCAUACGCAAACCCACCUGUAGGACAGCUGAGGUUUCGAAAACCUGAGCCAAAGACACCAUGGAGUGGUGUGUACGACGCAACCUUUCGUAAGAGUUCCUGCAGCCAGCCCCGACUUCCAACCAAAUUUCCUAUCCCGGCGCAUCUUUCGGAGGACUGCUUGUAUCUAAAUGUGUGGACUCCCAGCACGACAGACGCUGUCAGGCGGCCUGUUUUUGUGUGGAUGUACGGAGGCAUCUUCAUUCUCGGUUCGUCGUACCAGGAUAUGUACAACGCCACAGUCCUGUCAGCCGUCAACGACCUCGUCGUCGUGAGUUUCGACUACCGUUCAUCCGUAUUCGGCUUCCUCGACGCCGACAACCCGGAAGGACCGGGUAACGUCGCCCUCUGGGACCAACGACUGGUGCUCGAGUGGGUUCAGAAAAACAUCGCCUCUUUCGGCGGAGACCCCGAGACCGUCACACUCUCUGGCGUCAGUUCUGGCUCCAUGAUGGCCCAUGCCCACGUGAUGUCGCCGCUCAGCAGUGGGCUGUUUAGGCGGGUGUUCUUGAUGAGCGGCACGCUAAUGACCGAUACAACCGUCGACGCCGUGCCGGAAAGCAUCUUCAAAGGAAAUGAGGUUGCGAGGAUUCUCGGCUGUGCCAACUCUUUCCAGGAUCUCACAACCCAUACCGAACGCGUGCUGGACUGUCUUCGAAAGGUGCCGACCGGGCUUCUUCUCCGAGCGACAGUGUUAACCAUGUUACCGAAGUUUAUUUUUUUCAUACCCACUUUCAAGACCGAAUUCAUACCACUGCUUCCCUCGGCCGCAAGUGAAGCGGGAGCCUUCGCGCCCAUCGACGCGGUCGUUAGCGUUACGGCUAAUGAGGGCACGUUCCCUUUCACAUAUCAGCCUGACCGCAGGCUGCUUGAACCGGACCUAAGGGAUGUCAGCAUUGAAUAUUUGCGGUCUUCACUCAAGGAAAUGUUGAAUAUGUGGGAAAAGGAUAAAGUCGUUCCACUGGGUGUGGCGUAUCUGGAACGCGCACCGCCGGAUGACAAGUUGGCACUGAGGGAGACAGCGUGCGACUUUUUUGGAAAGCAGAACUCUUACUGCCCAAGUAGGUUAUUUGCUGAAGGUCACUCGAACAAGGGAGCUAAGGUGUACGGGCAAGUGUUUGCGCACAGAUCCAAAAUGGCUACGACUCCUGAAUGGAUGGGGGUCACGCACAUGGACGAUGUGCCUUACAAUUUCGGAAUUCCUUUCCUGGAUGUGGACAGCUACACCGAUGAGGACAGAAAUGUUAGUCUGGACGUAAUGAGGAGCCUUGCUAACUUUGCUAGAAGUGGGACUCCUGGUCUGCCUGGAUUCAAGAACUGGCCUCAGUUUUCACUGGAAGAUCCGAGUUUCGUGUGGCUUCAACCUGGCAACUACGGAAUAGUGAAUGACUUCUAUAGCACAGGAUGUGAGCUUUGGAGGAAGUUUCUCUGAGUUCAAA